AUGGCGCCGCCCCUCACCUGCGGUCCAGGCGCACCGAAGCGGCGGCUCCUCCAGGCGGCGGCCGACGGUGACCUCCAGCGCUUCAAGAGGAUAGCUAGCUUGCUGGACGCUGGGAAGGGCCGCCUCGGGGAGACGGUGGCGGCCGUGAAGGACCGUGGCGCCGGGGCGCUGCACAUCGCUGCCUUCCCCGGGAGGACGGCGCUGUGCGCGUACCUGGUGGAGGAGCUCCACCAAGACGUCAACGCCGCCGAUGAGUCAGGAGAGACACCUCUGAUCUAUGCAGUCCAGGGUGACACUGUGGACACUGUGCAAUAUCUUCUUGAUCGCGGUGCUAAUCCGGAUAAGCCUGCUGGAAACAAGUCUACCCCUCUUCAUUUAGCAGCUGCAGGAGGAAAUUGUGAAAUAGUAAAAGCCUUACUCUCAAAAGGAGCCGAUGUUCAUUCAUUUUGUGGUACUGGACUCACACCACUUCAUAUGGCUGCUGCCUCCAAGCAUGACGGUGCUCUGAAGGUUUUGUUGGACCACCAUGCAGAUUGUAACAAGUUUAUAAACAGUUUAUUGAUGCCUCUUAUGGUGGCUCUCACUGCUGGCUCGCUGGAAUGUGUGAAGCUUCUGGUUAAGGCUUAG